ACUUAUCAAUCGUUUUUUCACACAGAUCGAAAUGGAUUCCAUCGACGUGGAGGAAGAGAGUGUCUUAACGGCGAUAUUUAAAGAUGCUUUCCCGGAGAGCUGGCAGAGCGAUCCAAACUUUGUACAGUACUUGUCAGAACUUAGUUCAUAUGGAGUUGAAAAGCUUGCUCAGGAGCCAGAUAGGCUGACAGAAGAAAAGACCCAGAUUUUAGAAGAGACACAGAAUCUAGCAUUUCAGAAUUAUAAAACAUUUAUACAGACUGCAGAAUGUUCCAAGGAAAUUUUUGAAGACUUUCAGAUAAUAGAGCAGCAUGUUGAAGGCCUGUUAGACAAGUUACCAGAAUUCUCACAACAAUGCAGUGACGUUCUGAAGAAAGCUCAGGAUAUAAGCUCAAGUCGCAGAAUGAACAGUCUGACGUUACAACGUCACACUCAGUUACUGGAGAUCUUAGAACUGCCCCAGUUAAUGGACACAUGUGUUAGGAAUGGGUACUAUGAUGAAGCUCUGGAAUUAGCAUCCCAUGUUAAACGACUGGAGAAAAAACAUUCAGGCAUACCUGUAAUAGCUAACAUUGUAAAUGAGGUGAAGAUGUCAACACAGUUGAUGUUAAAUCAGCUGAUACAACAACUUAGAACAAAUGUACAGCUCCCCGCCUGUCUACGUGUGAUAGGCUACCUCCGUCGUAUGGACGUAUUUACAGAGGUGGAGCUACGAAUCAAAUUUCUACAGGCUAGAGACUCCUGGUUCCAAGGGAUAUUGGAAGCUGUACCAAAAGAAGAUGCGUACACGCAUAUAUCGAAGACAAUAGAGGUGAGCCGUGUAAACUUGUUUGAUAUCAUUACACAGUACAGGGCAAUAUUCUCCGAUGAAGAUCCGCUCUUAUCUACAUCUAAAGAUGAUUCUCUCAAUGAAGGAGCUUUAUUCCAUACAUGGAUUGUUCAAAAGGUGUCGCAGUUUCUUGGAAUAUUGGAGGCAGAUUUAGCUCGGGGAGUUGGUGGUAGAUUAGAUUCUAUACUCGGACAAUGUAUGUACUUUGGAUUGUCCUUCAGUAGGGUCGGAGCAGAUUUCCGUGGAUUACUGACCCCUAUAUUCCAACAAGCAGCAUUAAAUGGUCUACUGUUCACCCUUCAGGAGGCAAACAAAAGGUUUGAGGACAGUAUGAGGUCUUACAGCUUAUUGUCAGCUUCGUCCAGUAUGGGGGGUCUCCCUUACAAUUCUACAACUCAGAGUGGUCAGCUGUACCCACCCACUAUCUUACUGGACUUUUACCCUCUAGCUGCAUAUUGUAAUGACAUCCUUACUGCACUCAAUGAACUUCGACUGUGUGCACCUGUCGCCUUGGUAACAGAGGUCAGCAAUGCUCUACAUAAUUCCUUCCUCCAUGUCAAUAAAAUCAUACUGGCAUUUCACAGGGCUGAAGAGACAACAUUUGACAGGAAAGAGAAGGAGAGAUUCGACAAGUUUUGUUCAGCAUACGCUCAUAGCCUUGUACCGUAUAUCAACAAAUGUCUGCAAGCACUAUACCCUCAAGCACAGCUGGCACUAAUACUUGGAGUUACUGUAUCCGAACUGAAUAAAAUUUUUUAUUUUUUAAAUAUUUUCUUUCCCCACCGAUUAUUUACAUUAGGGACCGUGACUUUUAAAUAA